CCAGCAACAUAAUUUAGGUGCAACUACUUUCCUUCACAGAUAUUACUUCUGUCCCAUCCUGGUCCCCGUCUUACCCAAGAAUUGCUAUUACUCUGGCAAUUGGUUAACAUAUUAGCUUAGUGCUAGUCCCACAGGGCAGUCACACCCCUUCAAUCAAGUCCAUGCCUGGAAUAAUACAAAUCUCUCACAUCACUGUUCCACCACUUAGCCUUAGGAUAGGUGCCCUUGACCCAGGCAUUUCUCAUUGAACCAUUUUUGAAGAGUUAGGCCGAUCACCACUUGCAAGACAGGAGCCUGACAUUACUAUCAUCCAAGAAAGACUAUCAGGCCAAUAUAGCAUUUCUUAAGAUCGUCCGAAUACGCACUGAGAUGACUAUCUAUAAGCUCCUGCUGCUGCUUUUGUCGUGAUUAGCACAGCUGAUUCCUACUUCCUCGCUUCUAGUAUAGAGUUGCCAUACCAUAAAACUUCUCAAUACAGAUCAGCCUUCUGCAUAGCUCGCGCACCUUCUCAAACUUCGCCCAGCGAGCAAUUCGCUUGAAAAUGCCUUCGAUACUUAAAAAUUGUGUGGUGUCGAUUGCAGGCGAUCUUGAUGACAACGACUGGCGAGAAGAGAAGGUGAAGCAGUGGGUCAAGUACCAAGGAGGCAAGUUUACAGACACCAUCGACGAGAAUGUCACCCACCUCCUGUGCACCGAGGCGAACUACAAGAAAAAAAUCGCCCCCGUUCGAGCGGCACUCAUGAACAAGGCAACGAAGAUAGUCUAUCGCGAUUGGCUCGAAGACUCCAUCAACAAGAAGUCGUGCUUGAAGACGCUAGAGUACCAGCUGGAUGCGAAAGAACAGAAGGAGAAUGCUAAGAAGCGCAGGCUUGAAAAAAAUCAAAAGUGUUCGAGCAACGCGGAGUACUUUGUCGACGAACGAUUCUGGCAUGCCUACCACGAUGAAACCUUUUUCAAAUAUCAGGUUCAACUCACGCGUGCCGAUGAAGAAAGUGGCGACAUCCGCGAAAAGCAUUUAAUGACUCUUUGGGAAAGUAAUGCCAAACCGUACAACUAUAUAUGCACUACCUUAUAUACAAAGCGCAGAGAGACAAGUAGAGGUCGCUUCCCAGAAUCUCCAGUCGAUUUCAAUACAGCCUUCAGGAAAUUCAAGGGGUUCUUCAAAAAGAAAACGAAUAUAGGGUGGGAUGAUCGUAUCAACAAGGUGGGCACCACGAGCCCGGAGUCCUUUCAGUAUCAACCACCUAGCGGCGGUAAGCCAGUAGGUAUCAUUAAGCACCUCCUAGAUACGGCUAAGAAUAAAAAACAGCACAGUAAUAACCAUUUAAAAUCAAAGGCCAGCGAGACCUCUCGCAAGCAUCCCAGAGAGUCGUAUGUCGCCAAUAAUAACGCAAAUGAAUCUGACAAUGUUGAGCGUUCUGCGAAAAGAUCUCGGCAUGAGGGUGCUGAAAUCGUUUGCUCGCCUGUCGAGGUUAGAGAUGUCUCUUCUAAGCCUAAGCAGAGCGAUAUCAUCGAUUCGAACACUGAUGGUGAAUACGGGACUAUUCAGGUUACCCACGAACAGCCGCCCGGAGAUAACGAUACUGCCAGCGAACGUGAACUCCAGUUAGAAUCGAGUAAUGAGCAGCCUAGCGAUAGAUACGAGCAAGAGCAGGACUCUCCACAACAACAAUACGACACAUCGCAAAGUCUCUUAGACGACGACAAACAUAUACCGUCAUAUGGCCCGGAAACGAGCAACGGAGGACCCGGAUAUCAAUUCGAGACCAGCAACACUGAAACAGCCAUACGUUGCACAACUCCCGCACGUGACAAAAUCACAUACCCCGAGGUCGAAGACGAUUACUACACCUAUGAUGACGAUUAUGAUGGUCACGAUGCCGAGGCUUCAGUGAUGGAUCCAGAAGCAACCGGUCCCCCCACCUCAGCCUAAUGUAUACCCCAGAGACGAACUUUGGCGUAGGUCACACGAAGACGCGAGGUAACGACAUGCGAUAAAACAUAUGAAGACUACGAGAGAAAAAAAAAAAAAAAUUAUAGGCCCCUAUUUACAAGACUGGAGGAGUGAAAAAGUCCAGAUUCAGAUCUGCGCUGAUUUUAUGUCCAUGCUUUACAAUCUGCGAUGAUUUCUCGGGCGAGCAGGGACACGCUCGAAGGCGCUAUGGGCAAUUCGAAUUAUUAAACGGGAUCAGACAUCUCUGUUCCAUUUCAAGAUGAGGCAUUGCGGAGAACUGCCAGUCGAUAUACGGGCUCUAUACUUAUAUUCAUACCAAAAUGGAGGAGGAACAUAUCGGGUUUAGCUAUACCCCAGGUUAGACGGAUGGGCCGGUAGAUAACCUUACAACGUAGAUUUAAAUACUC